AAAGGGCAAAACCAGAAACAUACAAAACGGCGGGAAACUACGAACCAACGCAGCCACCACUAGCAUUUAUUUGGCUACACCGCUUCCGCCACCGAUUUCUAGGGUUUCAAAGUUCAAUUCGACGCACAUACAUACAUUAUUCGUGUCUCUAUCGCCCGCUCCAUAUAAAAUUCCCCCCAUACAGAAUCUGAAAAUUUCACUAGAUUCGGUAAUGGAAGAGGUUAGGGCUACCUCUGCUUGGGUCGCUUCUCAUUCCUCCCAUGUCACCGUCGACUCCUCAGGGAUUGAGAAAGUAGCGGAAGAGAUGAAAGAUUCGAUUCCGAAGGUGGAGUGGAAUUUCGAAGGAAUUCAUUAUUUCGACAACGGUCCUCUCACUGUCCAGUAUCUGUUUGUGUUGGAUGCACUGAAUUUCUGCUUCUGGCCAGAUAAUGAAAUGAGUUAUGAUCAUUUGGCUGCGGGACUGAAGGAAGCUCUUCAGAACGAUAAGUCUGCUUUCGAUGCUGAUCGUCUCCAAAAGUACACAGGUCCUGAACUACGUAAAAUGCUGAAAUGGCCUAGACCAUUACCUUUGGAGGAUGAACGUGUGCGCUUAAUGCACGAGGUGGGAUUUGAGCUGGAGAGAUCAUUUGAUGGUAAAGCAUCUAAACUCGUCGAGUCUUGCGAAAAAUCAGUUGCAAAGCUUGUUGCUCUCAUCACUAGUCACUUCCCUGGAUUCCGGGACCAUACAGUAUACAAAGGGCACCAAGUUUUCCUGUACAAAAGAGCUCAGAUAUUUGCUGCAGAUUUAUGGGGUGCAUUCAAGGGUCAAGGAUUUGGUGAAUUCAGUGACAUAAAAUCAGUGACGAUGUUUGCUGAUUAUAUCGUGCCUGCAGUUCUUGAGCAGCUGGGAGUAUUAAAAUACAGCCCUUCUUUGUCCAGUGUGAUCGAGUCUAAUAGAGAAAUCAAUUCUGGAAGCGAGGAGGAAGUCGAACUUAGAGCAUGCUCUAUACACGCAGUGGAGGAAAUAAGGGAGACGAUUCACAGAAAAACGGGAAAUCAGGUUUUGAGCGUUGAGUUGGAUCUCUGGUUAUGGGCAUUUGGUGUUCAAUGCCCGUCUCUUCAACAUCAUCGAACACUCUCCAUAUAUUAUUGACUUGACUGUUGGAGUUGUAUCUCUGUGGAUUGUAUCCAGUUUCUGGUCCGAUGAUUUUGGUAGAAACAUAGAUUAUAUUUAUGCCUGGCAGAUUCUUUUGUUCUCAGGUUUGAGUAUUGAAAACUCGAAUCACUAUGAAUUGCAUGGACUGCGAACAGUACUGGAUUUUUUUUAUUAAUUGGUGGUUGAAUUA